UUUUACUACAAUACAUUCGCCAAGAAAUGCACAGAGUUCAUCUAUCGAGGUCUUAAAGGGAAUGAGAACAAUUUCCUCACGAUGGAACAAUGCCAAGAUGUUUGUCAAAAAUGGACCAACCCGUGCCCUGUGGAAAACUUCGCCUCCAGAAAAGAAUGUACAGCAAAUGGGACGGAAUGUGGAGCAAGUCAAUGGUGUCACAUUGGAUCAUCUGAAGCCACAACGGUUUGCUGUCCAGGAGCCGCACAAGAUCCGUGCUCACUUCCUGUCGAGACCGGCGAAGGCAACUCGGAACUGCCUCGAUGGUAUGCUGAUCCGAAUGAUCGCUCCUGCUCGAUGCAAUGCAAGCCGUUCAUCUAUAAAGGAAUCAAGGGAAAUCAAAAUAACUUUUUGACGAAAACAGCAUGCGAGCGCAAGUGCAAACGCGAAUGCAAAUCACCUUGUGGAUCUGGAGAAAUGUUGAUGACACCACUGCACGAGCCAAGAAUGUGCAGCCCUACGUCGCCAUGCCCUCAGUCACACUGGUGUCACGUUGGCAUCACGCCAGAGUUGACUGUUUGCUGUUCUACUAUGCCCAAUACGUGUGAGAUGCCGAUCAUGAAAGGCCAUGGCAACUCCUACCUAACAAGAUGGCACUUCGACAAAGAUCAAAAGAAAUGCAUCAAGUUCAUCUACAGUGGUGAAGGAGGAAAUCAGGUAUGUUGA